AUGUUAAUCAUGAAAUGGGAACUUUUACUGCUUAGUAUUUUAUCAUUAAUUUUAUCAAAUGGCUUAGGCCCAUUAGAUGAUCCAUAUAAAAUUUUGGGAGCGACAAAAUCAUUUACUGCACAAGAAUUGAGGAAGGCUUAUAAAAAACUUGCCAAAGAAUGGCAUCCAGAUAAAAAUGAUGAUCCAAAAGCUGCCAGUAAAUUUGUUGAAAUAACUCAAGCUUAUGAGCUUCUGAGUGAUCCGGAACGUAGAAAGGAAUAUGAUCUUCAUGGUAUUAUAAAACCUGAUAGUAAUCACAAAAAUCAUCGUCCAUAUCAAUUUGAGGAUUUUGAUUUAUUCGAAGACAUAUUUACUUUCCCAAAUGAUUUUCAAUAUUAUAAUCACAAUCCUAAAAUUUUUCUUUAUCAUAAGUUAUCCAUCACUGCGAAAGCUUUUGAAAACAAUCUAUUACCAAAAAGUUAUAAAAUCCCACACUUACUCCUAUUUUAUUCAGAUUGGUGCAUUAAGUGUGUUAAAAUUAGUUCUAUUUGGAAAAAAAUGAUAGAAGAAUUAGAACCUAUAGGAGUUGAAAUGGCUACUGUGGAUAGUGAAGAGGAAAAAUCAUUGGCAAAGAAAUGUGGAAUUUCAUUUGUGCCAACAUUAAUUCUUCUUAUUGAAGGAAAAGUUUAUACAUUUAAAGAUCAUCAAUUUAACAUUCAGAGAAUUGUAAAUUUUAUUAAAAGUAAAUUUCCAUACAAGUUAAUUGUUAAUGUCAACAAUGAUAAUAUAAAUACAUUUUUAACCGGAUGGAAAGAUAAUAAAGUUCGUGCAUUAAUAUUUGGGAAAAAUGAACUUGUGCGUUUACGUUACCUGCUCAUGGCCUUUUACUACUUUGAAGAAGUAUAUUUUGGGUUUGUUCAUCUCAGCGCAAGUGACACGUUAGAAAUCCAGAAAAAAUUUAGAGUUUCCAGCGAGUUGGACACGUUAUUAGUUUUUAACGAAAACAUACAUCGACCGGUUGCAAGUCUUAGUAUGUCCGUAAUUCCAGUACAAACAAUGAAAGAUAUAAUAACAGCAAAUAAGUAUUUGAUACUACCUCGAUUGUCUUCUCAGAAAGUUUUGGAUUCUGUAUGUCCUGUGGAGUGGACUCAGAGAAGGAAACGACUUUGUGUUGUUUUAAUAUCAAACAAUAUUGAAGAACAUGAUAAUUCAAGGGAAGCAUUAAGACAAUUUGCUCAAGAAUCUUCUUUUAGUUCUGAAAGAGUCAGGUUUUCUUAUUUGUACCAGGAAAGCCAGCAUGAAUUUGUCGACUCAUUACUUUUGGGCAGUCCUCAUGACAUUGCUUUAAAUGUUGUUAUUCUUUGGAGGAGAGAUGUUAAUCAUUUAAAAUACGAAUGGAUGCAAAAAAGUUGGUCAAUAAGUAAAUCAUCUGAUGAAUGGAAUAAAACGAAGCAAAAUUUAGAAUUAACCAUCGACAAGUUACUUAAAGCUGAAGAAACUCUUACUUAUGAGGCUAUUGUGAAGGAAUUAACAGAUGAACAAGCUCAAGGACUAUUAAAAAAAAUAAUUAGUAAAUUUUUAAUAUCUGUCGAAAUUUUGAAAGAUCAAAUAAAUAAACAACAUUUAUUGGCAGCAUCUUCGGUGAUAGGAACUGUUUUAUUUAUUAUUUUUAUGGGAUACUUAAUGGCGUACCUUGUGCAACAAGAAGAGGAAAAAAUCAAAUUAAAUCGAAAUCAAUAUGAUUAUCAAAGAGUUAACAGUCCGGGAAGUGGAAACGUAAAUUACACUCCUCAACUUAGGCUGUACGAAUUAAGGUCCGAAAAGUACAACGGAAUGGUGAGAUUAUUAAAACCCGGAUGUAGAACUAUAGUGCUUUUAUUAGAUUCCCAAUCCAGAAAUUCAUUGCUUCCAGAAUUUCAUGCCGCCGUAUGGCCGUACAGAAAGUAUAAAACUUUAAUGUUUGGUUAUAUGGUCGUCGAUAAAGGAUUAGAGUGGUAUAAAAGAUUGCUUAAUUUAAGUUUACCCGAACCUAGAAGUUUAAAUAUAAAUCCGAGAAAUUGUAUAGGAACCGUACUUUCACUUAAUGGCCACAGGAAAUACUUUUGUAUGUAUCAUGCCAAACAUCCGGAAAUAGUUAAAAAUACCGACAUAAAGGGAAUAAGUAAAAAUGGAAAAAUAGAAAAUUUUAUCGGUUUUGAAGAUUCAUCAGAAUCGGAAAAUAACGGUAUAAUUCUCCAGUGUAAUCUAUUAAAAGGUUUACCGAUUUGGCUGGAAAAACUAUUUGAGGGUACGACUCGUCGUUAUUAUAUAAAUUAUUGGCCUGAUUUUCCGACCAAAUAA